UAAAAUUUCAAAUGGCAAAUUUGCGAUAGUCUAUGAUUUCACAAAACUAAAUUUUUCAUUGACAAAAUCAUCGAAAGUGAGUAAGUCUUUCAAAGAAGGGGGCUGUUUUGAUGCUUCACAGCUGCAGCAUGUCCUUGGGAAAAAUACUUUCAGUGAUCUUUGCAUCUCGUUUGAUCUACAUUGUCAUCCCAGCCUGGUGAACUAUUCUCUGAUCCCUCCCAGUGGGGAGAACAAAAUGUGACUUACUAGCCAUGAACGAUCCUCUAAUUGUUUAAGGUCUUGGCCACAUCUGGGAUCCAAGCACCUUGUUUACCAGCCAGGAAGAGGAAGAUCAAGAUGCAGAAAAGAAACAUUCGCCUUAAGUAUUGCUUACUGUUGCAUCUCCUACUAUUACAACAUGGCAUAACCUCCAGUAAUACUAGUACAACUGUCAACAAUGAAUCCAGCCCAACUUCCAGUGAACCCACUACAGCCACUACUGGAUCCAGUGCAACCUCCAGUGAGACUAGUAUAGCCUCGAACACUGCAUCCAGCACGAUCCAUGGUAGUCCUAGCACAGCCACUAAUGCUGGAUCCCAAGGGACCUCCAGUGAAUCCAGCUCAACCUCCAGUACUGAAUCCAGCAUGACUUCUCGAGGGUCCAGCACAACCUCCAGUACUGAAGCCAGUGUGACUUCUGGAGGGUCCAGCACAGCCUCUGACACUGGAUCCAGCGUGACUUCUGGAGGGGCCACCACAACCUCCAGUACUGGAUCCAGCGUGACCUCUGGAGAGGCCACCACAACUUCCAGUACUGGAUCCAGCGUGACUUCUGGAAGGACCAGCACCACCUCUGACACUGGAUCCAGCAUGACCUCUAGAGGGGCCAGCUCAACCUCCAGUACUGAAUCCAGCGUGACCUCUGGAGGGGACAGCACAACCUCCAGUACUGGAUCCAGCGUGACCUCUGGAGGGUCCAGCACAGCCUCUGACACUGGAUCCAGCGUGACUUCUGGAGGGGCCAGCACAACCUCUAGUACUCGAUCCAGCAUGACCUCUGGAGGGGCCACCACAACUUCCAGUACUGGAUCCAGCAUGACUUCUGGAAGGACCAGCACUACCUCUGACACUGGAUCCAGCAUGACCUCUGGAGGGGCCAGCACAACCUCCAGUAUUGGAUCCAGCAUGACCUCUGGAGGGGCCAGCACAAUCUCCAGUACUGGAUCCAGUGUGACCUCUGGAGGGUCCAGCACAGCCUCUGACACUGGAUCCAGCAUGACUUCUGGAGGGGCCACCACAACCUCCAGUACUGGAUCCAGCGUGACCUCUGGAGGGGCCACCACAACUUCCAGUACUGGAUCCAGUGUGACCUCUGGAGGGGCCAGCACAACCUCCAGUACUGGAUCCAGCAUGACCUCUGAAGGGUCCAGCACAGCCUCCAGUACUGGAUCCAGUGUGACCUCUGGAGGGGCCAGCACAACCUCUGACCCUGGAUCCAGCGUGACCUCUGGAGGGGCCAGCACAUCCUCCAAAACUGGAUCCAGUGCAAUCACAGGAGGCUCUGAUACACCUUUUACAACUGGAACACACACAACGUCUAACAAAAGUAGCACAAGUGCUGGAACUCCAGUGGAGGAACUGAAGCCCACUGGGUCCCUGAAGCCAUGGGAAAUCUUCCUCAUCACUCUGGUCUCAGUUGUAGUGGUCAUGGGAUUCUUUGUUGGGCUCUUCUUCUGCGUGAGAAACUCCCUGUCCAUGAGAAGUGUCCUUGACACAGCUGUCUACCGCCCCCAUGGCCCCAACCUCGGCCGGGGCCCUGGAGGGAAUCACGGAGCCCAUCACAGGCCUAGGUGGAGCCCUGCCAGGCCCUGGAACAGACCCAUAUCCUCAGGAACCAUGGAGAUGAGAGAAAGUCACAGUGGGUUCUGAGUGGCUGCUGAAGCCACGGAGCCACAUUCCUCAGAGAGAAAGCCAGCCUGGGGGACCAGAGAUCUGAGUGUCCUUUCAUUCGUCCCCAGGAGCCCCCUCCCAGCUUCAUUUGGGUCUCUGCCAGGCUUGGGGAAGACACUUCCUCUUUCUCUCUUGCUUUUACUAGA